CCUUACCCCAAAUAAAUAAAUGUUCACAAAAGCACUGUAUACGCAGAUCUGAGGCCCUCGUACUAAUAAUGGAGAUUUUCUAGGGUUUCAUCACCGAUAUCAUCUAGGGUUUGCAUCUUAGCCCUACUGGUUUUUGCAGCUCUGAGGUUCUAUGGAUUUGCAGAUUGGAGGUGCUUUCAUGACGAUUUUGUAGUGUUUCCUCUGGAAUUUUGGGGGUUAGGGUUUCUCUGGAAGCCCUAAUUUUUGGUGGGUUUUCUUCACUUUCUGAGGCCUAGAUCUUUAGGCCUGAGAGCACGAAAGGAGGAAUAUUCGUGCAGGAUGUCGACACCUGCUAGAAAGAGGUUGAUGAGAGAUUUCAAGAGGUUGCAGCAAGACCCACCAGCUGGGAUCAGUGGUGCUCCUCAAGACAACAACAUUAUGCUCUGGAAUGCUGUGAUUUUUGGUCCUGAUGAUACCCCCUGGGACGGAGGUACGUUUAAGCUGACUCUCCAGUUUUCAGAGGAUUAUCCAAAUAAGCCCCCUUUUGUGAGAUUUGUGUCACGAAUGUUUCAUCCAAAUAUCUAUGCAGAUGGUAGCAUUUGCUUGGAUAUUUUGCAGAAUCAGUGGAGUCCCAUAUAUGAUGUUGCUGCUAUUCUGACCUCUAUCCAAUCAUUGCUCUGCGACCCAAAUCCAAACUCCCCUGCCAACUCUGAGGCAGCACGGAUGUUUAGUGAGAACAAGCGUGAAUACAACAGAAGAGUGCGUGAAAUUGUGGAGCAGAGCUGGACAGCUGAUUAGGGAUUCAUUCUGGUACUACUGUUUCCUUAUUUUCUGGUAAGUUGAUAUGUUUCUUGGUCUUGUAAUAUUUAUCAUGAUACAUACAUUGUUAGCUUGUAUGUAUAUAUUAGUUUCCAUUUGAAAAGCUUUGCUUUCCUUAAUUGGAUGUAUGGAACUAUUUGCCAUUCUUGAAGCUUUACUUUCCUUAA